AUGCCGCGCAGCCAGGCCGGUUCCGCAGCAGCUGCCAGGAAGCUGCUGGAGCGGCGGCUGGUCAAGAUCUACACACCAGGCACGGCCGUCGACGGCCUACUGGCGGACGACCUAGGGCAGGAUGCGCGCCCCUUCCUGUGCGUGGUUGAGGCGGCUACGGGGCCCGGAGGAGGCGGCGUCGCGGCCUUUGGCGUCUGCGUGGUGGACGUUGCUGCGGCACAGGUGCAUGUCGGCUCGUUCAGGGAGGGCUCCCCGGCGCGCCCCGCGCUGUGCACUGCUUUGGUGCGCUUCGACCCCGUCGAGGUCCUCUGCACCCGCGGCGCCCUGUCCAGCCCCACCCUCGCCGCCCUCGACGCACACUGCCGCCCCGCCGGCGGCGCCGGCGCUGGAGCGGUGCUCGCCCCGCUCGCGCCGGCGGCGACGGCGGGGUGCGGGGGCGCGGGGGAGGCGCGGCGGCUGCUGUCUCGCGCGCUGCCGCCAGCUGCUCUGCGCGCGUUGGCCGAUCUGUUGCCAUCAGCCAGCGUGCAGCAGUGGAGCGCCCCGCAGCUGGAUGGUCAGCAGCAUAUCAAUGGCCCGAACCGCAGCAACGGCGACGCGGGCGGGCUGGGCGGGCUGGGGCUGCAGGCGCUGGCCAUGGCUGUGGGGCAGCUGCAGCGAUGCGGGCUGGCGGAGGAGCUGCUGCCGACGCUGAUGUUUGCUCCGCUGGACGUGGAUGGAGUCCCCACGGGGGCCAUGGAGGCUGGUCGUAGCGGCGGCGACGGCUAUUCCCAGCAGCCGGCGCACCCGCCGCAGCGCCAGCACAUGCUGCUGGACGACCGCGCCCUGUCAACGCUGCACGUGCUGCAGGGGCCCCUCGGGGAGCGGCGCGGCUCUCUUUUCGCAGCGCUCGACGGCACCGCCAGCGCCGCUGGGAGGCGGCAGCUCCGCCACUGGCUGUGCAGGCCGCUGACUGUGUCCAGCCUGAUUGAGGAGCGCCUGGCCGUGGUGGACCUCUUCAAAGAGUACCCCACGCUCGCCAGCGCCCUGCAAUCCGCGCUGAAGCGCAUGCCUGACACGGAGCGCCUGCUGCCCCGCGCCGCGCGCGCUCUGCAGGCGCUGCUGCGGCGCGCGGGCGGCGGCGGCGGGGACGCCGGCGGCGGGCGGCUCGGCGGGGAGGCGGCGGGGCCGCGGGUGGCUGAGGAGGGGGCUGGCUCGCAGGAUGCCUGGUUAGAGGCGGUGGGGGAGGGGCAGCUGUCGGAUCAGUGGCUGCAGCGGCAGGGCAGCGUGCCGCACCCAGUGGCGACUGCGGCAGCAAAGCAGGGGCGGCAGCCGGCGUGGCGGGGUCUGUUGCAGGCGCGGCAGCAGCAGCAGCAAAACCAUGCCCAGCAGCAGCCGCAGCAGUCCACACGCCAGCACCACGUCCCAGCGCGCAGCGCCUGGGGCGCCGCCGGGGGGGCCAGCGCCGCGGGCGGCGUUGAUGCAGACCCUGCUGAUGGCGCUUGGGCGGCCGACGCCCGCCAGUCCACGUGGCGUGCGGUGCGACAGCUGCCAGCGGCGCUGUCUGCGCUCGUAGAGGCGGUCGCCAUGCUGCGCAGGCAGAUGGGCCAGCUGGGCGUCUCGUCCUCGAAGCUGCCGCUUGUCCACAGGGCGGUUGUGGAGGCGGCCCGCUGCGCAGGGCCGGUGGCUGAGGUGUCGCGGCUGCUGGAGGGGGCGGAGUGGACGCAGCAGGCUGGCGGGGGCGAGAGCGGGGCGUCAUCUUUCGGUGAAGGAGGCCUGAGGCUGGCAAAGGGUGCGGACGAAGGGUGCGACGAGGCGGCGAAGGAGCUGCGGGCAGCUGAGGAGCGGCUGACCUCUGCAACACGCGAGGCGCUCACGAUGUUUGGGGGCAGCGCCGCAGGUCGGCAGCAGCAGCAGCAUCAGCAGCGCGUCGGCGGAGGCCAGAAGCGGCAGCAGCAGAAGGGGAAGCAGCAGGAGGCGGCGGCGGGCGCGAGUGUCGUCGAUGUCGAGGGGGGGCUUUUGCAGGUGCCUGCUACUUGCGGCGGCUUGCUGGCGCCGCCCCACUUUGAGUUUGCUGGCCAUGGCUCAGCCCCUGCCACCAUCCUGGUGCGCUGCCCGACGCUGCAGCGGCUCGCCGCCGCCCGAGCCGCCGCCGUGCAGUCGAUGACUGACGCAACCGCGGCCGCGCUCCGGGCGGCGGCCGGGCAGCUGCUGGGCAGCUAUGCCCCCUUGGCAGCCCUGGUGCAAGUAGCUGCGGAGCUGGACGUGCUCGCGGGGUUUGCGGCGGUCACGGAGGCGGCGCCGCCUGGCGCAGCGUUCUGCAGGCCCGUGUUUGCAGCUGCCGCGGCUGCCGGCGCAGGCUCCGCCGCGGGCACGCCACCUCUGCACUUCAAAGGCCUCUGGCACCCGCUGUUGAUGGCGUGCGGCGCGGGGGCGGCCCCUCCCAUGGGGCAGCCCAACGACCUGCUGCUGGGUGGGGAGCAGCCGGGGGCACUGCUGCUCACAGGCGCCAACACCAGCGGCAAGAGCACGCUGCUGCGUGCCGCGUGCGUCGCCGCCAUCUGCGCCCAGGUCGGCUGCUACGCGCCAGCCGCCGAGGCUCUAGUCAGCCCCGUGGACGGCAUCUUCACACGCAUGGGGGCGCAGGACCGCAUCAUGCUGGGCCAGUCCACCUUUGCCGUGGAGAUGGCUGAGGCGUCGCUGGCGAUGGCCCUGGCCACCCCCAGCUCACUCCUGGUGCUGGACGAGCUCGGCAGGGGCACCAGCACGUUUGACGGCUGCGCCCUCGCGUACGCCGUUCUGGACCACCUCACGGGCGGUGGCGGUGGCAGCAGCGGCGGCCGUGGCCGUGGCGGCGCGGCGCCGCGCGUGCUGUUUGCGACGCACUACCACCGCCUGACGCUGGAGCCGGGCUUGUCGGGCCGCGUGCAGCUCGCCCACAUGGCCUCGGAGCUGUACCUUGAGCAGCAGUGCGUGCUGAACGCCGCGGAGGGGCUUGCUAACGAGGCAGAGGCCCUGCUGGCCAGCCUCGGGCUCUCGGACACCCACAGCAGUCCACCGCCCGCCCCCGCGGCCUCCGGGGCCGCGGCGGGCCCGGGCGCGGCCGCAGGCCCGGCGGCGGCGGCCGCGCAGGCGGCGAGCGCGCUGCGGGGAGCCGGGCUGGCUUGCAGCGCGGCCACGUACGCGUCACUCGGGCGGCACCUGCAGGUGGCCAGGGCCAUGCAGCGGCUACAACUGCCAGACGCCCCAACCUCCAGCUUGGCGGGCCGCAAGGGGACACCAGGCAUUGCAGGCCUACACCAACAGCAGCAGCAGCAGCAGCAGCAGCAGGCAGAGGAACGCGAUGUGGACCCGCAGCGGGACGGCAGCCCGUGGCACCUCCUGGGCGUGACGCCCGAGACGCUGCGGCAGCAGCACUGCCUGCACAGAGCCGCCGCUCAGCGCGCGCACGCCGGGGCAGCGCGCGAAGUGGAGGCGCGGCUGUCGGCGCUCGCGGACUCAAUUAUAUCUGCCGUCAUGGGGGCCGGCGCGUCGGGCGACCCGUCCGCGGCGGCGCACGCGGCGCAGGCGGUCCGCGACGCGGUCGCCGCCGCCGGCGAGGCCGAGGCCGAGGCCGGCCGCCUGCUGCGGCGCCACGCGGCGCUGUGCCGGGGCUACUUGGACGCGCUGGGGUCGGUGCAUGGGGUGCUGCUGCAGCUGGUGGAGGGGAGCCUGGUGGGCAAGCAGGCGCGGCUGGACGCGGAGCACUGCAGGUGGCUGGUCAGCCACGUCAGGACGCUGCACAGCAAGCUGCGCGUGCUGCAGUCGCAGCUGCACGUCGCCACCUACACCUCGGAGAGCGUCCCCGCGCUCAAGGCCGUCGCGGCGACGCUGGCCGCGGAGGAGGACGAGGCACGCACCACCAUCAAGCAGGUGCGGCCCGCCCAGCUCAAUCCCGGCUCGCCAAGCUCCCACCCGGCUUCCUUUCGAAUGCUGCGAAAUCGCGUGCGCUCCCGGCACUGCACGCGCACCGACUUCCCUCGGACACUACGCCCUGGCCGCGCUUUGGAUGGUCGAGCCCGCGAGUGCAUGCCGCCAUGGUCGUUUGCUUUGGUUUAA